AUGGGCAGUGAUCGUUCCGUGACAAGUUUAGGCACACAUUGUCAACAUGUUAUGAACUAUGUAGCUGAACAUCAAUAUAUUGCCAAACAAAGUUUACCAAGUGUUAGUUCAUUAGUGAUUUGUGGCUUCCCACGUACCCGUACGACAUUACUUUACAAUUUACUUGUUUGUGAUCAAAGUUGUCGUGCAUCACUGUAUAUUGAUACGGAUAUUGAAGUUGUUUCGCCGAUAGCAAGAUCCGACUUCAUCGAGAAAAAAUGCGGAAACAUCGGAUUUGCAUCCGAUUGUUAUGUGUACUGCAAAAACCGAGUCGAUUUAUAUAUGUUGUGA